AAUGCUCCUGGAAUACAUACAAGUAGAGCAAGUUUUUACAAGUCAAGCUGGAUAAGCUGGAUUGGAUAGGCCAAGCUAGAUAAGCUGGAUAGGAUAGGUGGCCUCUAGCUAGCUAUAGCAAGCUAUAAAAGUAUCAAGUAUCAAUCAGAAUGAGUAUAAUAGCUACAAGAAGAGCUUCUACCCAUCCAGUGAGUCUCUACAACACAGAUAGUUUGUAAUAGAUCAAGUGCUUUAAUACUGCUACUUUAAAGUCAAUGAGUAGAUCCAUGUCUACACUAGUGUGUGUAAGCUGUCAAGAGUAUGUGUUUCACGAUCCCUAUCAGUGUGAUUGUGGAGACAGACUGUGUAGCAAGUGUUACAACUCUUAUGUUGAGAGCGGUCUCAAGAAAUGUAUUUGCUCGUCCUGUGAUGAAGAAAACAUUGUAACCAACUGUUUCCGAGACAAGGCAGCGGAGUACGAGCUUCGGAACACCACCCUCAAGUGCCUGAAUCAAUCCUGUCCCUGGGAGGGAGAGAGCAGGUUUUAUCAGGAGCAUAAGAAGUCAUGCAAGUUUGGAGCAGUACAAUGCCCCAACUCAAUAUACGGCUGUAAAGAGGAACUGAUUAGAAGUCAAUUACAGGACCACCUCAACAAUAAAUGCAACUUCAACCCGAUCACUUGUCGAUGGUGUGGACAACACACCCUCAAUGAAGACGUUCACAUUCAGAAGGAGUGUGAGAUGGCACUAGACUACUGCCCCAAUGGGUGUGGGGAGAGGUUAUCUAGGAGAGAGAUGCUCUAUCAUACUAAAACAGUGUGCACUCACCGAGUAAAAGAAUGCGACUACAAAGACUUGGGAUGCACCUACAAGGGUACCAUCAAGGAACUAACGAAGCAUGCAAAGGAGUACCCCACAUAUCACAAUGAACUGAAAAUGGCCAACAAAGAAAUAAAGCAAUCUCUUGAGCACCAAAUUGCCUUAAUAGACAACAAAACAGACGCUCUGAAGUCGGAAAUUAGCAAAAUUCGAUCUGAGGUGCAGUCACGACUACAACCAGUAACAGAUGCUAUGGUCAAAGCUGAGUCAGCAAUUAUCCAGCUACAAGAUGGACUCAGUGAGGUAUCUCUGCUAUUACAAACACUUCAAGCAGCCAGUUACGAUGGAAUAUUCAUUUGGAAGAUCCCUGAAGUCACUAGGAGAAGACAAGAAGCUAGAACUGGGAAAACUGUCUCUCUGGAUGGUCAUUUUUUACAAACGCUUCAAGUUACAUUGCCCUCCAAACUAAAGCGAGCUAUGGAAGAUGAACUGCUUAAACUUAAAGUCGAUUUGAGACAUUUGGUCAAAGACUUAAGACCGCUGGCUGCGCAAUGGAGGUCACUAGGAGUGCAUCUUGGAGUGCCCCCUAAAGAGCUUGACUGCAUUGAGAGCCGAGUGGCCACUCCUGAGAACUGUUUCACUCGAGUGCUGGAUCGAUUCCUCUCCACUCACGCACACACUGGCACUGAUGACAGGAGACUGUGUACAGAGGUCAUCAUUGAGGCUCUGAGAUUUCCGGCCAUAGCCAAGGGCAACCUCUCUAGAGACAUUGAGAGUGGAAAAAUCAAUCUUGUGUACACAGUACGUGGCCUUUUCCGAAUUCUAGGUUGUUGCACAGCUCAAUGGCAACAGUUUGCACUAGCACUGGGUAUAAGCCCUGAUUUCACUGACGGUCUAAGAAUUGAGCAACAUAACGUGAGUCAGUACUUUUCAGACAUGCUGAGGUAUUGGCUGGAAAAUAGUGAGUGUUGUGUGGCCGAUUUGGUGGACGCUAUAAGGCAUCUGGAUCAUAGGAACCUUGCUGACAAGAUACAAGAAGAGUACCGUGGGAAAUGUCUGGUAGUAAACGCACAAGAUACAAGAACAUAAUAUCUUUGAAGAUACAUGCAAGAUAAUUGAAGUCACCAUGCAGAUCACCAAAAGACUAUGUCUAUAAUUAUAUGCAGUAUAUAACAUCAUUAUUCGUGUAGAGGGGCUUAUUGAGGGAGUAAGUGUCCACCACCACACAACGAAACAGUCGGUCGUACUGAGUGCGACCCUUGUCCAAUUGGAAGAAGAAGAUGACCAGCGGAAUCACCAGACUCACUGUACUCUUGAAGAGAGAGCGUCCCAUACACCUGUAUAUAUGUGUGGGUGGAAGGGGGAUAUUGUAACACAAUUAUAAUUAGUGGAUAAGUAUGGGUAAACGAAGAAAUUGAUCACCUCAACGACUUGGUGGCUCUACUUGUUGUGUUCGGUCAAUCUGAAGAGGGUGAGGAUCCGGAAGAGGAUGACCCACAGCUGCAAGCCCUUCGCUCAGAACUUGAAGAGAAAGCCACCACUGCAAAGAAACUGGAUACGGAGUGGACCAAACUGGAUGAAACCAUCUCAAAGUCUGAGUUCAAGAGAGAGGAUGGUCCAGUCGUUAAAUUCUUAGAUGCUACUCUAGAGGGUUUCAACGUGAGAAGGCAGUCUUAUUACGGGGGAACAUUUGUUGGAAAUCACGUCCACCUAACUCUCAGGCCUGAGAACACGGUGCUUCUCUGUAAUGCCGUUGUAUUGGCAGCAAGCAAUUACAGCCCUUCAAUCCGGCAAAGAGCUGAGAAGAUCCAACGGAAGUUUUCUGUUGUAUUUGCUCUAUUCCACAACUGUGACACGCUGUAUAACCAGAGCAAGAUCUCACAGGAGGAAAUUGCUGCCCUAAGAACUCACAUCACUAUGUUCAUGGCAUUUUACCGAGAGCAUUUUCCUCAUUCAACGGUCAUACCCAAAAUGCACAUGCUGGAGAAGCAUGUGGUUGACUGGCUGGGUGAGUGGAAGUUGGGACUAGGGCUUAUGGGAGAGCAAGGGGCAGAGAGCAUCCAUGCGUACUUCAACAACUUGAAGCGCUCGUACAGCAACAUCACGAAUGGCGUCGAGCGACUAAGAUGUAUGAUGAAACAACAUUUUGUACAUAUAGCACCGUCUAACAUCGUGUGCAGACCUCUACCUGUCAAGAGACGAAAGAAGAACCCUGAGAAUUGAUGCCUACAUUGUCUAUUGAUAUCUACAUAAUAAUCAUGUACAGACAACAUGUCAACAAAAUAAUGUAACUUUUCAAAUAGUUCUAACAAGCUUACAAAAAAGUAGGGUAUUUCAAUUUACCUAUCAGCUGUACCUCAAUGCUUACCUUUUCAAUGGCUGCUAGUUACUAGUUCUGCAAAACACAUCUGUCCACAGGAGCGCUUCUUUGCUGGACAUACUUUACAUGCUGACCACAAUCAUGUACUUGUACAAGCCAAUACAGCUUCUGCUGUGAUCGCUCAAUUUUUAUGAAACUACCAUAAAUGGAAAGCACAGACUCUGUACUUCCUGUAUGGUCAAAUUGUUUACAUAUUUAGAAUCCCCCUUUCCCAAAGGAAUGCUCUAAAGUCAGCAACCACUUCCAUAGACCUGUGGUUUGCAGGAAUGUACUAUCUUGUCAUUAUCUUGUACUACAACUAGAUUAACUAAGUGCCGACUUUUCAUUGCUGUGAAACAGCGGUGUGUUGGUGUCCCAAAAAUCAAACUCGAUUUGUUUUAUCAACUCGACUUUAUCUGGUAGGGAUCGACUCGAUGUUACAGUAGAACCUCGAUUAUCCGGACACCUUGGUUCCAGAAGCAGGCCGGAUAAGUGAAUAUGCCGGAUAAUCGAAUAGAUAAACCACGCCUUGAUCCACCCACUUUAUUGAUAAACAGCAGUGCCGCAUGGUUGUCUGCGCAUGCGCAGAAGAUAAGCAGGCAUGUCUCCAUGGUAACAGCUGCAACGCGCAUGCGCAUUUUAGGGACACGCCCAUUUUCUGAAUUAUUUAAUCUGAUAAAAAGAAAACUGCCAAGCCGGAUAAUCGAGGUUCCGGAUAAUGGAGGGCCGGAUAAUCGAGGUUCUACUGUAUUGUUAUACAACUUGAUUUCAUCUGGUAAGGAUCGACUCGAUGUGUUUUAUCAACUCGAUUUCUUCGGUGAGAGGAUCGACUCGAUUUCAGGCCGCUGGGGGAAAAAGCGAGUUUCGAGGGUGGUUUGAUAUCGAGGCUAUCUAUGGUUGCUGCAGAUCAGAGCCUUGCAGCUUUCUUCUCACUCUUCCAACUACCAAUAGCUAGCGUUCUAGUGCAGAGCUAACUACUAAGUAGAGUAGCAACAUUCGGUAAACAAGUUUGGCUACGUACUGUUCUGAAAAGGCUGCAAUGGCAUUCCAAGUAAGCAAAACUAGGCAUAACUCGAGAACGAAGCAUUAUUUUGCAAAUCUACGAAUUAAAAUCCAAGUAAACAUGACUAGAAGCCUAUAGAAACUUUUACUUGCACUUGAUUCAUCCUUGAGCAGCUGUAGCAGUCUACACAGACACACACACAACACAGACACACAAACACACUACCGUAUACCUCGCUUCAUCAUUGUUUCCGUGGUAUUUUUAGGUCAUAUUAUAAUUUGCUAUUUGAUCAUACACAACGCUCUCAACUGUGUACUAUGUGAAAUAAUCGAUCAUACACACACAAGUUAGUGUUGUUUACACAGUGCAUCAGUGUUUGUAUUAGGGAUUAUAAUAUGGGUUCACCGAACUCAUCUCAGCAUUUACACGAUUAUUAUUAAGUUAUCUACUGAAGACGGGCCCAGGAAAUCAAUGCACACCCACCAGCCUGAUUGCAUCGCUGAAAGGGGUACUUCCAAGCAGCAGCAGGAGCACGAUUCCAAGAGUGGUUGGUUUUAUCUUAAGAUAUGUGAGCAAAACUGUUGAUGAGCUCAAGAACACCAGUGCCCUACUCACUCGCAGUGUGCCUCAAUCAACUACUGAGAAAGUUUUAAUUAAGCCAAGCGAUGGCAGAUAUACAGGGGCGUAGCCAGACUUUUGAGACAGGGGUUUCUGCAGAAAAAUCAGCGGCGCGAUAGCGCCGCGAAAUUUUUUGCCAGGCCCACUUCCGGUACCACACCCUCUUGAUUGGGGCACACCUACUGUUAUUGACUAUUGUUCAUGACUUUUUUUACAUGUUUGUGAGAAGCUAGCUAGCUAUAGACGUAACAUACUAGGCAUGCAGGUGCCAAUUGUGUAUUGCUAGUCUAGCUGAGCAACAAUUAAAUGUCAUUUACCUGAGAGGUUUCAUGUGGCUGAGAUUGUUCUAAACUUGUACACUUCCUGAAUAAAGUUGUGCUUAGAGCUGAGUCUGAGAAUACUGGAGCAUUCAGGAUUGAUACUAGAUCUAGAACUUAAGUCUUGGUCUUCUUUGUUUGAGGUAGCUAGCUAGCUGAGACUAACUAGCUGAGACAAAGCCAAAGUGAAACGCUUCACGGUGCUGCUCUGAUUAUUGAUUUGCAGCCACGUGUGAAAAGAUGGGCAGGGCUGCAUGAUUUCAAUUAUAGGGAGCCCUGCCCAAUUUUCUCAGCAGCUCCUGGGGGGGUUUCUGGGCAACCAGGAAACAAUGGUAGCUACGCCCCUGGAUAUACCACUAUUACAUAAGUUGGAGGCAGCUGUCUUUCAUCUGCAAGAACCCACUAAUGAAAUGGGUGUAGCAUUGCAAACCGUACAAGGAGUUGGUUAACUUGCUACUAACUGGGGUGGCAUGCAGUGUCUAACGUCUUUGACAGGGAGGUGGACCUGGGCAACAAAGGAGGUUGGGAGUAACUACAAGGACCCUGUCUAUCCUAUAUGGGUGAUCUGCAGCGAGAGCCACUUCUCAGUGCUGUUCUCUCAUCAAAGAUCGCUGCUUGAGAAUCUGAGACUCCAAAGGAGAAUUGACUUACAUUAUUACGAUGGUCUGGCUAACCAGAACGAGGCCAUACGACUGACUAUAG